UAAUAGUAUUUUGUAACUUCCUGGGAAAUUUCCAAAUUACAUCAUCUCGCCACUGAGUAACAGGACUCUGAUUAUAAGUAGACGACCUGAACAAUGAGGGUUAGAAACAUCUUCAGCAUCACAACAGUAGUGAGAAGAAUAUUUUGAAAACUGUUUAAGCAAGGAAAAUGAACAGCCGAGUUCUUCUCACCAUCGUAACCCUGUUUGUACUAUAUGUGGCUUCCACACAAGCUGCAUCUCUUGGGAAUUCAAGAGUGAGCCUGCGCUGCCAGUGCAUCAAUACAAAUUCCAAAUUUAUCCAUCCCAAGCGCAUGAAGAAUAUUGAAAUUAUUCCAAGUGGUCCACACUGCUCUCAAACUGAAAUCAUUGCAAUCCUUAAAAAUGAUUCCUUGGUGUGUUUGAACCCUGAAGCCUAUUGGGUGAAGAAAAUCAUUGAAAUGAUAACCAACAGUUCCAAGAAAGCUGAUGAAACUCAAUCAUAGAAGAUGGAUGGCUAAGCGCUAAAAAUGUGACACUUAUUCGCAAUCGAGGUUCUGGACCAGCUCAGGAACGUACAGUUAUUUACUUUCAUGCUCAGCCCUGUCACAGAUUUAUAUCAGCCUAUGAAAGAAUCUCUGGUUUAAAACAGUAUUCAUCACUCCUUGCCAAUUAGGAUGCUCACUCCAUCUAUGCCAUCUUCAGUUGCUUACUAUCCCUCAUCUGAGCUUUUGUAAUUUCCUAUUUAUUUAUUUGAGAAUUUUAUUUCUGUGAAACUGGAUGUGGCACUUAGUAACGGUUCUGUGGUGAGAGAUCAGUGGGAAGUGGAGUAAUUGUAAAAAAAUUUUGCCAUUUCUGCAGGGCUGUGCUGAUCCCUGCUUAAGUGAUGGCAAGAGACAAAUGAAAAUUCAGGACAUGGGUGUUCUCUUAGUUGCGAUUUCAUGAAUCUGUGUGGUGGCACCCAAAGAUUAGACAUGGAAUGUGUGGUUAAACACCUGGACUAUUUUAAUUCUGUUAUCACAUUGCCAGUCACUUGUUGCCAGGUCAUGGUUCUGCAGAAGGUACAACUCGGGGGAAAGAAAUUUGCAAGUUCAGCACAGUAUAAUGCCAGUAAUGUCAUGGAUUUUUAUUGUAAUAGGUUUCAUUUGUAUUUUAUUUAUUUACCUUGAUUAUUUAUAAAAUGGCUUAUUUAUGUGUAAGUAUUUAAUUAUUUUGAUGUCACUAAGAUCUGUGUAUGUGACAUUAAGAUGUAACUUUUAUUUGUUGAAAAUUAAUAUUAUGAAAUAUUUAUAUUCCAAUAAAUGAAGAAUUGUUUUCUAUCUUUAUU